UAGAGAAUGAAGGCUCUAGAAGGAGGGUUAAGGAAUACCCCUCAGGAACUCAAGCUUUGGGGGGGAAAAGGGCCUUGAAGGGAAAAGAAAGAUCACUGGACAAUAAAGAGGGCAGUGGAAAAAAGAAAGCCUGAGAGCAAACUGAAGGCUCCAAUUUGCUAGAGUUCUUAGCAGUCUUCAACAGUUUGCUUCAAGAACCCCCAAUCCACAGAGACCACAUGCUCAACAUGACACUCCACUCUCUGGCCUGGCUCCUCGUCUUAACCCUAAGUUUCGCCAGUCAGCCUGCCUGGCUAGAGAAGCCCCCAAAGCGUAAGACACCUGGCCAGCUCAAGGCUGCUGCCUGCUGCGAGGAAGCCAGGGAGCUCAAGGCCCAGAUUGCCAAUCUGACCAGCCUGCUGGGGGUGCUGAGCAAAAAGCAGGAGAGUGACUGGGUCAACGUAGUCAUGCAGGUGAUGGAGCUGGAGAGCCACACCAAGCAGAUGGCCACGCGCCUCACCGAAGCCGAGAGCAAGUUCUCCCAGCUGAAUAACCAGAUUGACAUGAUGCAGCUCCAGGCAGCCCAGACGGUCACGCAAACCUCAGCAGAUGCUGUCUAUGACUGUUCCUCACUCUACCAGAAGAAGUACCGCAUUUCUGGGGUGUAUAAGCUUCCUGCUGAUGAGUUUCUGGGAAGCCCUGAGCUUGAGGUAUUCUGUGAUAUGACAACCGCGGGUGGUGGCUGGACCAUAAUCCAGAGGCGGAAGAGCGGUCUCGUCUCUUUCCACCGUGACUGGAAGCAAUACAAAGCGGGCUUUGGCAACAUCCGUGGGGACUUCUGGCUUGGGAAUGAAAAUAUCUACCGGCUGUCCAGGCGCCCAACCACUCUGCGGAUUGAGAUGGAGGACUGGGAGGGUGACAUACGGUUUGCUGAGUACAGUCACUUCACCUUGAGUGAUGAGCUGAACAGUUAUCGAAUCUUUGUGGGGAACUACAGCGGUAAUGCAGGACGUGAUGCGCUCCUCUAUCAUAACAACACAGCCUUCAGCACCAAGGACAAGGACAAUGACAAGUGCUUGGACAAUUGUGUCCAACUCAGAAAAGGUGGAUACUGGUAUAAUUGCUGCACAGACUCCAACCUUAAUGGGAUUUAUUAUCGCCAUGGUGAGCACAACAAACACACGGAUGGUAUCACCUGGUAUGGCUGGCAUGGCUCUAGCUACUCCCUCAGGAAGGUAGAGAUGAAGAUCCGCCCUGAAGACUUCGAACCCUAAAAAGCAGCUUGCACUACGAGAGGGGUGCCGAAUCCUAGGAGACAAGUCUGAGGGUGGGCAAGGAGGUAGUGUGGUAGGGGUAGGGAUGGGAAAUCACUUGUAAUCAAGCACCAAUGAAGUCACUCAUCUCAUUGAGAAAAGCACAAACCUUUGUCGGGCUCAACCAAGCACCAGCAUUACACAAUCAGUACCAGCAGUGGGGACAGCAAAUAGAGAGACAUUUACUACUCUGAGGGCAUUCUUCUUAGUGGGUCAGAGCAGGCCCGAAGUCCCUGUGCCUUCGGACACAGCAGCAGCUCCAGAGGUCUCCUGUGGUUGGCCUCUUCCCACAUGGUUCUUGUUUCAGGAGAAAGUAACCCGGGAGUUCAUGCCUCAUACUUUCUCCAGGGCCAGGAUUAAAGUGAAGACAGAAAACAAAUCUCUUGCUAAAAUGAACUGUAUUAUUUCAAACCACAGGAGAGAUACUGAAGGUUGGAGGAAAGGGUGAGGGUGGCAAAGAGUUUCUAUUUCAAAACCCAAUGAAAUUGCUUUUGGUCUCCAGAUUCUUUAACAGAGUAAUUGCUCUGUUGAAGGUGAGCUAGCCCAUGUCUUAGCUGCUCAGAGGAAACUCCAGGGAAUUGGGCCUUGCAAUCAGAGCCUCAGCAUCUCACCUCCUUGCCCUCAAUCAUGGUAGAGUACAGAAAGGAAUGAGGUACAGGGAGUGAUUUCAGGUAGGAGUCAGAGAGAAGGAGGCAUAGGUCACUAUUAGAAGCUCUCACAAGACUAAGUGGGAAUGAGGGAACUGCUAGGUACACGGGCUGCUGGCAAGGAAUUUCACCACAGUCCAAUGAAAAACAGAGCACUCUGAGCCCAGAAAAUUAAUACUGAGAUUCAUUCUCAUUCUUUAGAACCAUGUAGCAGGAAUCAUAGUCAGAGAAUUUUAAAAUUAGUAGCAGACUGGGUUUUUUUUUUAGUAACUUAAAAUUCUACUAGAAGUCCAACAGUUAAAUGUUCCAUAAUGCCAGUUUUUCUAUCCUAUCCAAAACUGUCACUUAAAAAGUGUCUAGUGCAUGUGUGCUCACACACACACUCUCCUAGAGAAACAUAUUGCUUUGAUUUAGGACUUCACACUGCAGUGGAGCAAAGAACAAUACUAUCAAACAUAACCACCACGGUUACAAGCCAAGAAGAAUUACAGAACUUUGAUAGCAGAGAGAGAAAGAAAACUGAAGUCAAUGCACGGUACUUAAGUCAUUUGCAAAUAACAAGUCUGGUUCUUGGAUGCAGUCUUUGUUUUUAAUUUAAAUGUUAUUGGCUUAGAAACACUGCUAAGCAGUUAACAGGUCGAAAUAGCAGUAGUUUUUAUUAUCUUAGGUAGGCGGGGAUCUGAAGAAUGAAUUCAAGACUCCUUCAGAAAACAGACUCACUGCCUAAAAAUGUUCAUAGUUAAUAUAUCUAUUUUCGUUCAUUUUGUAAGAAAAGGGAUCAACUGGAGGCUUGACUCUAAUCACAGUAGCUGAAGGACAGAGAAGGGUGGCAUGAGGGCUCAUACCGUACAUAGGCACCUGACUUCGUAAAAACUUUGUUCUGUGUUUUACAUGUUCCAACAUUUUUCUGUUUCUGCAAUAAACUUUAAAA